CAGUAGCAGGCAGGCCCUCCUCGGCUUCUCCUUCGCUUUGGCUCCAAUGUCGGAGGUGUUUAUGCCUGGAAGAAAUGGACUCUGGCAAUGCACGAAUUUGAUCAUUCAGAGAUCCGAUCAGCUGAGUCUGUGAAUGGCGCCAAAACAGGACCCUAAACCUAAAUUUCAAGAAGGUGAAAGAGUCCUGUGCUUUCAUGGGCCACUGCUCUAUGAGGCAAAGUGUGUAAAGAUCAACAUUAAGGAUAAGCAGAUUAAAUACUUUAUUCAUUACAGCGGAUGGAACAAAAACUGGGAUGAAUGGGUUCCUGAGAGCAGAGUUCUCAAAUAUGUGGACAGCAACCUUGCGAAACAAAAAGAGCUUCAAAAGGCUAAUCAGGACCACUAUGUUGAGGGAAAGAUGAGGGGUUUAGCACCAAGCAAGAAGAUUGCUGCUGUGCAGCAGAAAAAUGUUGAUCUGAAAGUGAAAAAGGCAAAACAGAAGACCCCAGGGCCGGGUGAAGGCACCAGCAGUGGAGAAACGCCACAGGGGCCUCGGAAAAAGAGGGCUCGAGUCGAUCCUACUGUGGAAAGUGAGGAAAUGUUCACCAACCGUGUGGAGGUGAAGGUGAAGAUCCCUGAGGAGUUGAAACCCUGGCUGGUGGACGACUGGGACCUCAUCACUCGACAGAAACAGUUAUUUCAUCUGCCUGCCAAGAAGAACAUAGAAACCAUCUUGGAGGACUAUGCAAAUUAUAAGAAAUCAAAAGGAAACUCUGACAACAAGGAGUAUGCUGUAAAUGAAGUUGUGGCGGGAAUCCGUGAGUACUUCAACGUCAUGCUGGGCACUCAGCUGCUGUACAAGUUUGAGAGGCCGCAGUAUGCCGAGAUCCUGGCUGAACACCCGGACAUGCCCAUGUCUCAGGUCUACGGAGCUCCACACCUGCUGCGACUAUUUGUUCGCAUUGGAGCAAUGCUGGCCUACACUCCACUGGACGAGAAGAGUCUGGCUUUGCUGCUGAGUUACCUCCAAGAUUUCCUCAAGUACCUUGUGAAGAAUUCCUCCACCCUUUUCAGUGCCACAGACUAUGAGGUCGCUCCCCCAGAGUAUCACCGCAAAGCAGUGUGAGAGCUCUCGGCACACAGCACACCUGCACCCCUCUCCUCCCAGACCACUUGUAAAUUAACCACCUGGAUGAGAUUUCUCAUUUGAACUGCUGGCUUCCUCCACAAAGGUCGCUGAAGCUUGUCGUGAAUACAAAAAAAAAAAAAAAAGAAAAUCAAGAACAUUUUUUAUCUUUAUCUCUGUUCUUUUCUUUCUUCUUUUUCAUGCACUUAAUUAAAAAAGACACAGAAAAUUUGGUUUUCUGUCACCAAGUCUCAACAAGCAGCUCUAUUGAUGUUUUUGUGCAUUCCAUCCAAUUGAUAUUUGUUACUGUUGCAUGUGUGUAUUUUUGAGUGUUUCUCUUGGCACAUGUGGUGCAAUUCAAAGCUGGAUAUGUUGUCAGCACUCAGCAUUUAAUGUUUUUUUUAUCUGUAACUUGUGUAUUUGUAUGAAUUUGUUUAAAAAAAAUGUUUUUACUCAA